CUAGUCGCUCCUCGCUGCGCGCUGGAUAUGGAUCAGGACGCAGCGCGCCUCCCUGCUGUCUCCCGCGGACAGGCUGCACUCUGCGGCGCAUAAAAGGUGCCCAAAUGAACCGCCGCCCUCCCGGUUCCUCCGGCGUGCAAUGGCUUAACAGGAGAGACAUGAGUGUCCGGACGGAGGACAGCAUCACCUUGUGCCAAAGGGCUCUCCAAAUCGUUACGGAACUUUGUCUCACGGGACACGUAGACCGGGAGAAAUGUUCGGAUAUAUUUCCCCUGGAGAGCAACAUACCAGACAUCUCUAUUAGUCUCCUUGCUGUGGUCGUGGGUUUCUGUGGCCUCGCCCUGUUGGUAGUCUCUCUCUUUGUCUUUUGGAAGCUGUGCUGGCCCAUCUGGAGGAGCAAGGCUUUGUCAGCCCAUGCUGAAAAUGGUCUACAUGUGGGUUUCCCCGAGGCUCCUCCACCCAAUUCCCCGCCGAUCACCGAGUGUAAAGCGGCGGAGGUGGAGAAGAAGUACCCGCCAGAAGUGACGGUGAAUGGACGGAGCUCUAUCAAGCUCCUGGAGGCGGCCAUGAAGAUCAGCCAAACGUCUCCGGACAUCCCUGCCGAGGUGCAAACAGCCCUGAGGGAGAAGCUCAGCCAGCAAGCUAAAAUCCAUAGGCAGACCACAGAACCAACCUCCUCCUCCAGGCACAAUUCAUUCCGGCGCCAUUUGCCUCGUCAGAUGAAUGUUACCAGUGUUGAUUUCAGCAUGGAUACAGUGCCUCUCCGCCAGUCUUCUACAGUGAGCAUUGGAAGAAUAAAACCCGAACUCUACAAGCAGAAGUCUGUGGACUCAGAGGGCGAGGCCAAAGAGCCUGUGGAGACUUGUGGAAAGCUCAGCUUCUCGCUGCGUUACGACUACGAAGAGCAGGCUUUGGUGGUGAGAAUCCUCAAGGCCUUAGACCUGCCCGCCAAGGACUUCACGGGCACCUCUGACCCAUACGUGAAGAUCUACUUGCUGCCAGAGAGGAAGAAGAAGUUCCAGACACGUGUCCACCGCAAGAAUCUGAACCCCAUGUUUGAUGAGACCUUCUGUUUCCCUGUGGUGUACGAUGAGCUUUGCAACCGCAAGCUACACUUCAGCGUCUACGACUUUGAUCGCUUCACCAGCCAUGAUAUGAUUGGCGAGGUGGUGGUGGACAACCUCUUUGAGCUCUCUGAUCUUUCCAGGGAGGCAGUCGUGUGGAAGGAUAUUCAUGCAGCAACUACAGAGAGUGUCGACCUGGGAGAGAUCAUGUACUCGUUGUGCUACCUCCCCACAGCAGGGAGAAUGACCCUAACAGUCAUCAAAUGCAGAAACCUCAAAGCCAUGGACAUCACAGGCUCCUCAGAUCCAUAUGUGAAGGUUUACCUGAUAUGUGACGGACGGAGGUUAAAGAAGCGAAAAACAACAACCAAGAAAAGCACACUAAAUCCAGUGUACAACGAGGCCAUAAUCUUCGACAUUCCCCCAGAGAACGUCGAGCAAGUCAGUUUGUCCAUCAUGGUGAUGGAUUAUGAUCGGGUUGGACACAAUGAGGUGAUUGGUGUGUGUCGUGCUGGGCCAGAUGCUGAGGGCCUUGGACGAGAUCACUGGAACGAAAUGUUGGCUUAUCCACGGAAGCCCAUCACACACUGGCAUGCUCUGGGAGAGUGGCCUGGAAGAGCAGCAAGCUUUGAGAGUCAAGGUUCGUGUCCUUCACCCAAACCUCCGCAGACUCCCUGAUGAUCACAGGUAGAGUGAUAACGUCACCUCUGUAAGAAAACAGACGUUCGUUUAGAGUUGCUGAAAAGCUGUGUUGCCUAUGAGUCUCUUGUGAGCAUGUUGUAUGAAAACUGAAUUCAUUUCAACACGUUUCAUGUAUGUUUAUAAGAACAAAGUUGUAUUGAAAUUGUUUUUAUUCAUUAAUUCAAACUACAGUUCUUCAAGUGCUCUACAGAGCUGGCUAUGCACAGCACUAACUGUCAUUCAAGUCAAGAGAUUGUUUUUCAUACAUCUGCUUUGAAAUUCUCAGAAGGGCAUUACUUGCCAAACAUUUACACAGACCACAUGAAUGGUAGGCCUCACUGCAAGAAGUGCUCAGUGAUUCACUUGCAGCUGUAUCAACCUUUUCAAUAUUUUGAGCAACAUUUUCCUGGCCCUAGAGCUCCUUAGUGGGUUAGCACAAAGUUGGCACAAUGUUGAAGGGCUAUGCUGCUCAGUGCCAUGAAAACAUUUACUUGAUAGAAGAACAGUCAAUAGAUCCAGUGAGUCGUGAUCCAGAUUUUGGCUGCAGAAUGCAGGUAAUUGAGCGUCUAAAAGGGCUGAGUAAAUUUCUCAGAAAAUUCAUCAGUCACAACUGUCACGGAUGUGUGAAACCGGCCAUUAAACUGCCAUUGUUACCUGCAGAUAGUAGAAUAGUCAACAGGACUCUCAGAUUUAGAGAAAGUGCAGCAGACACAUGUAGCAAACAUAUGAGAGAUAAACAAAACUAACAUCAGAUUGUGUUUGAAAUAACUAUACAGUGAAGUUGUUCCAAAAACCUGGAUAGAAUUAAAAAAUAACAAUUUCAUAUUUAUUUUUGUACACACAAGAUCGAUUUCUGCACAUAAUCGCAAAUUGAUCUAGCAGCAUGUAGAAAUUUGUUACUCAUCCUCUUAUUACUCCUGCUAAAUAUAAUGAAGCUGUCAUUUA